GUGCUCAUUCCUUCCGGCAGAGCUAGGAGGAGAGAAAAGCAAACUGCUCUUGGGCAACAGCCCUUUUCACUUCUGUCUGGACUCCUCUCUUUCCCCUUCUCUGCUGGACAGACAUGGAGAAACUCAUGCACCUCAUCUUGGUCUUCUUCUCAGCAUCCUGCACUGCACAGAACAUCACUACGGUGUACGGAAUGGAGGGGGGGACCAUAUCUGUGAACUGCACCUAUAACCCCCGGCAGCAGCGGUGGAGAGAGAAGAGCUGGUGCAAGCAGAUCGAUGGGAAUAAGUGCCAACACGUGGUGAGCGCCCGCCGCUUCUGGCUGCCAUUCCUGAAGAACAGGAACGGCACCACCUCCAUCAGCGACAACAUCCAGGAUGGGGUCCUGACCGUGACCAUGAGGCGACUCAGGAAGCAGGACGCCGGGCUGUACCAGUGCAGAACGGAGUACCUGGGGGAAACCAACACCUUACAGAGGGUGCAAGUGGAUGUGCUGACAGCUGUCCUGGAGACCCAAAUCCCAGAGGAGCCCAGUGCUGUGCAGAGCAUCUCCAGCAUCCCUCCUGAAGCUGAUUUCACGGUCCUCUACAUCAUUGCUGGAUUACUGGCUACUAAGUUUGUGGUGGCUGUGCUGAUCUUUAUCAUUAGCAACAGCAUGAAAAACAGAGAGGCAGAGCAGAACAAGCCAAGUUUGAAUGAACAGCAGGUCCUCCGUUUCCCUGGUGACCUCGUAGAGCCUGCACAUGGUGGAAUCAGCCCCUCCUGGGAGAGCACUGCUUAGAGCCGAACCAAAGGGAAUCGACAGGGAAAUGAACAUCAAGCUUUUUUGAGCAAAGCUUUGCCACCUGCUGUAAGAAAGAAAAGCACUGCCUAGUAAACAUAGGUAUUGACAAACCUAUCAUUCUGGAGAGGGAAUGUCACCAUCUACCACCUUCUCUCAUUGCUUUCUCCAACACAACCAGAUUGAAAUGAUGCUGCCAGUAACACCUGAAACUGAUGGAAGUGGGUGGGACUGAGGGCUGGGAGGAGGGAGGAAGAAGAAAUCUUUUCGUCAAGAGAUCCAGCAAAACCCUACUCAUGUGGCAGAGAUGCUUCCCCAGACACAGUAAUGCACAGAUAAUGCAUUGCUGUAAGGAAAACCACUGAACAUAAACAAGAGUCCAGGUUAACACAUCUCAACCACCUGGUGCUUUUGUGCACUCACACACACACACAGUGCAAAAAUAAUAUGACAGUUUCAUCUCAAACCUCCAAGGAAGUUUUGAUUCGUUGAAGAACAGUGCUGAAGAGCUCAUGGCUUUUAUUCAGAAUGGCCUACACACCUCUACAGAAGCCAUGAAUGCCUCUCCCAAAAGCAUGCAGUACAAAUGGACGUAUGUGGUUCUACUGAAAGCUAGUAUUGCUGUCUAGAAAUCAGCUUUGUUAAGACUUGUUUGUAAGACUCCUGUCCAUAAAGACUGAUUUUUGCCAUGCUUAUGGCAAUGCAGUGCUCUGCUGUCACCUCCAGUCACUGCCAGUAACUGCACCACACGAUCAGGCAGUUAUUCCUAGCGCUCAUCCCCUGUGCAGGUGAGUGUUGUGCCAUCUCACAGUACUGCCAGGUGACACAGUCUCUUCUUCCAAGACCCCAAGGAUCUCCCUGCACAGAGUGGAUCCUUAGCAGGCAGUCAGUGUGGAAAGGAACAAAGAACUGCAGAACAUAACAAAGGCAUGUGAAAUCUGCACACAGCUCUGAGCUUGUUUCCUCAUUUCUCAAAUCAUUCCAUGAACACAAAGAUAAUCUGUCUCUCUGUACUUUACCUGCACUUUUUCUCAAGGGGUUCAUUGUUCAUCAUACCCCAGAAGGAAGCUGCAAUUACCUGUCCAAAGAACCCAAACCCAAUGCCAUUCACACUGCUUCCCGCAUUGCCUACAAAGCUAAAUAAAAACAAACUGUUAUCUUA